AUGGUUUUUUAUUUUCUUUCGAAUUUAGUAGCAUUAUAAUUCUUCUGCGUUGCGUUUUCGUCUGUACAUAAGUAUAUAGUGAAUUCAGAUCGGAAUUAUUGAUGAACUGUUUAUCCGUAAUUCAUCAAAUACUUACAAGUCUCCUAUAUUUAGUUCAAAGUGAUUCGUGUGAGCAGACCGUGUAACAAAAUGGCAGAAGAAGUACCUGUUAGCGAUGUUCUUUGUGAAGCUAUGGAAUAUUUGUGCAAGCUCGGAUCGAAUUUGAGAACGCGCUCACAGAACCUAAAGGAUAAGAGAAUGAGCAAAGACAAGCUACGAAAUACCCACGCGGUGCGUAAAGCGGCUUCUAAGGUGUUAUUAAUAUGCGAAUUAUCACGAAAAUCGCUGGAGAACGUCGAAAACGGCGUGAAAAGGGUGUUGACGCUUGUAGACGCCGCGCGGUGCUCGCCCGUGACAGUUGGCGCCAAAGAUGAAAAUCGCUCUAGGAAUAAGAAAAAGUAUUUCUACUUCGAAUAUGACUCUUGUAAGUUAAGAAUUUCAGAGAAGAUUUUACUAGCCCAUUAUACGUCGGUCAAAGUUCAUGCUAAAAGUAUGCCCGAGUCGAUGAUGGACAAGUAUCCUGUGUAUUACCACUGUAGUCUGUAUAAGAAACGAAAACAAUCUUUGAAAGACAGUGGCAAUGAAAACCGCCUGAAAACUAGUAAAAAGGAGGAUAGAUCUUCUAAAUCUGCUGAGAGGACUAAAGAAAGUGAAAAAUCAGAUUCAGAUGCCACAUCCAGUGACAAACAAAUCAAAGAUAAAAUUAAUAAAGAGAAAAAACGAAUAAAAGUCAAUUUAAAUUCAGACGACAGUGACAGUACCAAAGAGAAGGAAGCAGAGGAAAAAGACAAGAAUAAGCAGCUUAAAUGCAGGCCCAAGAAAAAGAAGACAAAGGAAUCUGAAGAUGAAACAACUGCGGCUACACUCAGUGAUGGCGGCUGUGAAGAUAGAAAGAAAGAAAACAAAGCUAGUAAAAAAGACAGCCAGAAAGGACCCAUGGUUGAAGCCGAAAUUGAGUCAAAAAGCACUGAAAGUGAUGGUAGUCCACUAAACUCAAAACAAAUGGAGCAUGAGGAAAUGUCCAACAAAAAAGAUCCCAGCGAAAGUAUCAACUCCAGUGAUGAAGAAGAAAUUUGCAACAAGUCUAAAAAAAGUACAAAAAAAAUUGAAUCUAAUAGCAGCCAAGAAGAUUCCAAUGAUGACAAAAAGUUAGAAAACAGAAAAGUAAAACAAGGUAACAACAGUGUUGAUAGUGAUGAUGAGAAGUCUAAACCAACUGACAAGUUAGAUUCAAAGUCUAAAAGUCGUCGUAAAUCUUUAAUAAGUGACAGCGAAGAAGAUUCCAAUGAUAACGAAAAGUUAGAAAACAGAAAAGUAAAACGAGGUAACAACAGUGUUGAUAGUGAUGAUGAGAAGUCUAAACGAACUGACAAGUUAGAUUCGAAAUCUAAAAGUCGUCGUAAAUCUUUAAUAAGUGACAGCGAAGAAGAUUCCAAUGAUGACAAAAAGUUAGAAAACAGAAAAGUAAAACGAGGUAACAACAGUGUUGAUAGUGAUGAUGAGAAUUCUAAACCAACUGACAAGUUAGAUUCGAAGUCUAAAAGUCGUCGUAAAUCUUUAAUAAGUUGCAGCGAAGAAAAGAAAUUAAGUGGUGAAAAAUCUAAAAAGUCAAAAUCAGCUAGAUCAAUAGACAGUGACUCUGACCAAAAAAGUAACAGUGUUACUGGAAAUGAGAGAAAAAAAAAGAAACUUGAUAAGGAAAGUCGCGAUAAAAAAAAUAAGAUUGAUGAAUCUGAAAUAGUUAAUUUAAUUGAAGAUUCACCAAUGAAACCAAAAGAGAAUUUAAAAAAUAAGGAGAGCAAAGAAGAUAGUGACUCUUCUACUUCAGACAAAAAACCUAUGAUCAAAACAGUUAGAUUCAUAGACAGUGACUCUGACCAAAAAAGUGACAGUGUCAAUGGAAAUGAGAGAAAAAAAAAGAAACUUGAUAAGGAAAGUGACAGUAAAAAUAAUAGGACUGAUGAAUCUGAAAUAGUUCAUUUAAUUGAAGAAUCCCCAAUGAAACCAAAAGAAAAUUUAAAAAGCAAGGAGAGCAAAGAAGAUUGUGACUCUUCUAUGUCAGACAAAAAACCUAUGGUCAAAACAGUUAGAUACACAGACAGUGACUCUGACCAAAAAAAUGACAGUGUCACUGGAAAUGAGAGGAAAAAAAGGAAACUUGACAAGGAGGGUCACAAUAAAAAUAAGAAGACUGAUGAAUCUGAAAUAGUUGAUUUAAUUGAAGAUUCACCAAUGAAACCAAAAGAAAAUUUAAAAAGCAAGGAGAGCAAAGAAGACAGUGACUCUUCUACUUCAGACAAAAAACCUAUGAUCAAGUUAGUAAGUCUUAACAAGUUACUCAAGCCUGAUGUACUACAAAAAGAAAUGUAUCAUAUGGACACUAAAAUCCCCCCAGUUUCAAAGACAUACAAGAACCGCAAAGAAAAGAGUAACCCUCAAGAGGAUGAAAAGAAAAAAGCAAUUAGUGCUUUCAAGCCCAAAAAGUUUGAUGUUGUUGUUACUAGGCUACCAAAAUUUACAGAUGUAUUUUUGUGUGAAUAUGGGUUGAAGAAAAUAACUCAGAAUGGAUCUGAGAUUUAUAGUUUAACAUCACUAAAAAACAAGGAAAAAGAAAAAUCAAGCCUGAAGACUGAUCAAAAUAAUUCUAGAUCAGAAAGUAAAGAAAAAUCCUGUGAUAAUAUUGAUCCUAGUGAUGCUGAAAAGAGUAAAUUGGCUGAAGGAAUUGAAGCAAGCAAAAAUGCACUACUCAAUUCUGAUUCUGAUGAUGUGGAUACCAAUAAGCCAAAGAAUUGUAAAAACUCUAGAAGGAAAUCUAAGGCUCUACAAUCAGACUCUGAAAAAGAUGAGGGUAAUGAUAAAAUAAAAUCUAAAUCUUGUUCACCAACUGCAUGUAACAGAUCUAGAAGUAUAUCACCAAAAGACGUAGAUAAAAAUGGGAAAAUUGCUAGUGAAUGUAAAGAAAAAUUGGCUAGAAACAAUGACCCAGAAAACAUCAUAUCCCUGGAUUCUGUGGCCACUCCGAAGACGCCAGAUAGAAAAACGGAAGAAACAGAGAAAACUACACCACAGUCCAGAAGGAAAUUAAUUAUGGAGUCAAUGCAUGCAAAAAAGAUGCUAUUGACUUAUUCCUCAAGCUCUGAUACUGAUGAUGAUCAGCUGAAAAAUGCAUUGAAAGAAAUUAAAAACUCUCUUUUAAAGGGAUCAAGUUCAGACGAUGAACUAGAUGUGAAAAAGAUAGUUCAAAUGAAUAGGAGAAAGCUGGUUACUCCCUCGGAUUCUGAUGAUAGCUUAAAUAUAAAGAAGAAAAAGAGAGGAAAGGAGCUUGCUAAAGAGAAGGAGCAGGAGGAUAGCAGUAUUAGCCAAGUGGAUGGAACCAAUGAUGAAUUGUCUAAUUCAAGUUGUAGCCAGAUGGGCCGCUCUAAAACAAAACCUGCCAGUAGCAGCUCUGAGAAUGUGGACACAGUUGACUCAGAAAUUAAUAGAUUGUCAAACCUCAAGACGCUGAACCGCCGCCGGCGACCGUCGGUCGAGAGGACGACUAGAAGCACCCGAAGAAUGCCGAAGGCGCCGCCGAUUAAAGAUGAGGUGUUGGCCCUUGCCAGCUCGGGCUCUGGCUCUGGCUCUGAGAGCGAACACGAGGCGGCAGAGACGGAAGAGCUGCCCCCCAUCUCGAUGCCAAAGUUGAACGGGGACAGCAUCAACCACAUCGCCAAGGAAGACCUCCUGGCUCAGAGUGAACCGUCCAGCUCUGAAAAUGAAAAAGCUAAUGGUUCCGAGGACGACAAAAAAGAAUCAGAUAGCGACGAAGACACUGUGAAGUCCAGAAGACGCAAAGCAAACGCCAUAGCGUCCGAUUCCGAGGCCGAAGCGGCGCGGAAGGCGGACAGAAUGAGCGACUUCGACGAGUCGGAGGACGAGAGCAGCGAGCCUAGGAAAAAGAGCAAGCGAAAGAAGAAGGACACUGACAGCGACGGGUCUGUCUCUUCCAGCGACGGGGGUAAAAAGAAGCGUCGUCGCAUCAAACAAGUGAAUGAUAGCGACGGCUCCGGAUCCGACACGGAGAAUGAAGGCAGGAACAAACAUGGAAGAAAGAAUAUUCGCAAGGUGAUGAGCAAGGACCAGUUAGAAGAGGCUACAAAGAAGGCAGCGCGACAGGAGAAGGAGAGGAUUGCUCGUAUAGCCGAACGCCAGAAACUGUACAACAACUUGGAAUUCGACGAGUCCGGCAAGCCUGACGAGGUUGUGCUAGACAAGGUGGUGUUGGACUUCGACCCUGAGACCAAGGAGCCCAUCAUAGAGGUGGACCGCGGGCUCGUCAAGAAACUCAAGCCGCAUCAGGCUAACGGUAUAAAGUUCAUGUGGAACGCGUGCUUCGAAAGCGUGAAACGCAUCAAGAAGGACCGCGGAUCCGGCUGCAUCCUCGCCCACUGCAUGGGUCUGGGCAAAACUCUGCAGGUGGUCUCCCUAACCCACACACUGCUCGCGCAUAGCAAGCUGACCGGCGUGAAACGAGUACUAGUUGUCUGUCCGUUGUCGACCGUGUUGAACUGGGUCAACGAGUUCACCAUGUGGCUCAAACACGCCGAGACGGACACCGAGGUGGACGUGUUCGAGUUGUCGAGGCACAAGCAGAAUUCAGAGCGCUCCUGGCAGCUCCAACAAUGGGUGGAGUGUGGCGGCGUGUGCGUGCUCGGCUACGAGAUGUUCCGCAACCUCUCCGCCGACAACAACAAAAAGUUCAAGAAGAAGAUGCUCAAGACCUUCCAGGAGGCUCUCGUGGAUCCUGGCCCGGACCUUGUGGUGUGCGACGAAGGCCAUCUUCUAAAGAAUGAAAAGACGAGCCUGUCCCAAUCCAUGAACCGCGUGAGGACGUUACGACGCAUCGUGCUCACCGGCACACCGCUGCAAAAUAAUCUCAAGGAGUAUUACUGCAUGGUACAAUUCGUGAAGCCCAACCUCCUCGGCAAAUACAACGAGUACCUGAAUCGCUUCGUGAACCCCAUCACCAACGGGCAGUACACAGAUUCAACUGAACGGGACAUCUGCCUUAUGAAGCGACGAUCCCACGUUCUGCAUACUAUGUUGGACGGCGCUGUUCAAAGGAGAGACUACGGGGUGCUGGCACCCUUCCUGCCUCCGAAGCACGAGUAUGUGCUCUUCAUUACGCUCACCGAGAUCCAGACAAAACUCUACCAGCAUUACCUGGACAACUAUUCUAGAAGACCACUACCAGGAAAAUCAUCAGGGUUCUUAUUCCCCGACUUCCAGUCUUUGCAAAGGAUAUGGACGCACCCUCUGGUCCUCAAGUACAAUUCGGAACGAUAUGAGAUCAUGCAACAGAAGAAGAGAGAUAAAGAGGAGGAAGAUUCGGAAGGUUCGCUCGCCGAUUUCAUCGAUGACGAUUCUACGCCGGAGGAAUCCUCAACAGAAGAAUCUUCAGACGAUUUGUCAGACGUGAGUGACGACAGUCGAAAGAAGAGCAAAAAGAAAUCUAAAGUCAAGAAAGGGAAAGGCAAAGAUGCUAAGGCGUCAGGUCGACGCAACACGAGAGCUAAUCCAGUGGAACUAGAAGAAGAGAAGCCCAAUUCCGACAUAGAGGAGAUAAAAUACGAGAACCCAACGGAGUGGUGGAUGAAACUCGUCACAGAGGAGGAGCUGGAAGACAUCCGGCACUCACACAAACUGCUGCUGCUGUUUGAUAUCCUGAGGCAGUGCGAGGCGAUUGGAGACAAGCUGCUUGUUUUCUCCCAGUCUCUUUACUCCCUGGAUUUGAUCGAACAUUUCCUGGGUAAAGUCGACGAGGCGACUCAGGAGGGGCGCAUAGAUGAGAAACUCGCGAGUCAUGUUGGCUCGUGGUCGCCGGGCGUGGACUAUUUCCGUCUGGACGGAUCUACGUCCUGCGAGAACCGAUCAAUUUGGUGCAAGAACUUCAACCGGGAGGAUAAUCCCAGAGCUAGACUGUUCCUAAUCUCGACCCGCGCCGGAGGUCUGGGCAUCAACCUCGUCGCCGCCAACCGUGUCGUGAUCUUCGACGUGUCGUGGAACCCUUCCCACGACGUACAGAGCAUCUUCAGAGUGUACCGCUUCGGACAGAAGAAACCGUGCUACAUCUACCGCUUUUUAGCCAUGGGCACGAUGGAAGAGAAAAUCUACGAGCGGCAAGUAACCAAGCAAGCGAUCUCCAAGCGCGUCAUAGAUGAACAACAAAUAGACCGGCAUUACGCCGCUAACGAUCUCGCCGAGCUGUACAAGUUCGAACCUGUCCCCGUCGAGCCACGGCCCGUGCCCAAGCUGCCCAAGGAUCGGCUGUUCGCGGAGAUGCUUAAGGAUCACGAGAAUCGGGUCUUCAGGUUCCACGAGCACGACUCGCUGCUAGAGAACAAAGAGGAGGAGACCCUCAGCGAGGAGGAGCGCAAGAAGGCGUGGGAGGAGUUCGAGAACGAGAAGAAGGCUCCACCUCCCUCGCCCUUCCCUAACACCUGGUCCAUGCACAACGGGAUGGCCAGCCUCCUGCAACAACAACAACAGCAACUAGCGUACGCCGCGCUGGCCGCCAUGAUCCGCAAGGACAUGCCCAACAUCAACGACAACCAGAUCCGCGACAUGCUGCCCAUCAUCUGCAAUGCCAACCCCGGGAUGUUCGGUGGAUAUGAUUAUGGCCUGAUGCAGAAGAUGAGCGAGAUCUACAAGUACGCGGCGCAGCCCGGCAUGAUGAACCCCUCCAUGAUGAAUCCCGUCAUGAAUCCGGCCGGUGGUAUGAGCACGAGUAGCAGCCUGCAGUACGAGCCGCCGUGGCAGCGCCAGCAGCAGCAACAGCAGCAGAUGCGGUUGCAGCAGCUCAUGCAGCAACAGCAAAUGGGCGCGAAGUACUACGCGGGCGGGCUGGGCAGCCGCGACCCGGUCGCCAUGGCGCUGCAGCAGCAGCGCGCGCGCGAGUUCCUGCUGGGCGGCGGCGGCGCGGGGGCGGCGGGGGCGGCGUGGGGCGCGCCGGCGGCGGCGGGCGGGCCGGCGGCGGCG